AUGCUGUUGACCGAAUAUGACAUUACCUAUGUCACCAGGAAAGCCAUCAAGGGAAGCGCCAUUGCGGAAUAUUUGGUAAACAGAGCUGUGAAGGACUACCAGCCUAUGGAGUUCAAUUUCCCAGACAAGGGCAUUAACUCAAUAAUCCAAGAAGAAGAAGAUCCCAAAAAAUGGACGAUGUUAUUUGACAGGGCAGUCAAUGUGUGGGGAUACAGAAUAGGAGUCGUACUCAUAUCACUGGAAGGGAAACAUUAUCCAGUCAUGGCCAAGCUCAUUUUUCCUUGCACCAAUAACAUAGAUGAAUAUGAAGCAUGUAUAUUGGGAUUACAAGUUGCCAUGGAUCAGGGUAUCAAAGAGUUAAUGGUGAAAGGAGACUCAGCCUUGGUCAUUCAUCAGUUGAGCGGGGAAUGGGAAACCCUGGAUGCCAAACUGGUACCGUAUCAAGAUUAUAUUAAUGAGAUGAUCAAAGGAUUUGAUAGCAUCAUUUUCUCCCACAUGCCGAGGGAAAGGAAUUUGAUUCCUGAUGCGUUGGCUACUCUGGCAACUUUGUUUAAAGUAGGAAAAGGGAUGAGGGUUAAGCCUAUUCGAAUCAGAAUACAGUCAGAGCCUGUUUACUAUGCAGUGAUAGAAGAAACCGAUGGGAAGCCUUGGUUCCACGAUAUCAACACAUACAUCCAAAAAAAUUAG